CGACUUGCUGUGACUGACAUUUGCGUAGGUAAAAGGUCAGGGGGGGCCCCAAAUGUCUAGAAGUUCCCUUGCUAAAUUAUGCUAGUGAAACACCCCAAGACUUCUCUGAGAAAGUGGAUAAAAAGGGGCGCCCUUGUUGCCGCAGUGUUCGAAGUAGCUGCGUUCGGAGUCACCUAUUUUGGCUGGUCUAAAAUUAAUAGGGAUAGGGAAACUAGAAAACACUUGAAAGAAAACUAUCCAUUUAUUUUGGAGGUCUAUUAUCGAACUAGUGAACUAAUAGAUUCGACAAAUCAAGUAAGAAAAGUGGACGAGGCCUAUUGGAAAGCCAUUAGUACACCUGAAGUAACAUUAAUGGAACCUUCUAGAUUUAUCAAGUCGUUAUUUUGGCUCACUUCGCUGACAGGUUUCGGGUAUAUAUUGCUAUUAACAACCACUCCUAAAGAAGAACAAUUCAAGAAAGUUUCCAACGAUUAUCCGGGAGUUGAUAAAUUCAACAAACUAACCAAACAAGAACAGUUAUUGGCAGUGCUUGAAAAGGCUUCAAGAUCAGAUAAACCCAUUUAUCGUUUGUCAAAAGAAGAAAUCGACAAAGAUAUAAGAAAAUAAUGGAGUUGAUAGAUUCAAUGAAAAAUCGUGAACUGGAAAGGAAGUUGAAUUUGCAAAAGAAGCAGGAAAACAAAAACUCGAUUUCAGCUGAAAAUGAGCAAAUGGACUUUUUUCAAAGAACCUUCAAAGAAAAACAAAAUUCCAUUGAAAGUUUACUGAAAAAAGCCCAAUGCCUACCAAAAAACGAACUCCCCGAACACUUUAAUAAAAUAACAAAAGAGAUUUCCUUAUUACAAAAAUAUGUAGCAGCAUCUAGUUUGUUUUUAAAACAUUACUUUUUACAAAAAUGUCAAAACAAUUUACAGGAGCUGAGUCUAAAAACCACAGAACUAGAAAACGAUUUGUUGCCCAAGAAGAAGUUUGGCUUCAAAAAUAAAUCAAAUAAGGCAAAAGCUCCAACAAAAAGUGAGGAUUUAGUUGAUUUUAGUCUUCAACCAAAUAAACUAGUAUCAAUUAUUGAGUGUGGUUUUUAUAAAAAAUCCAAUCAAACUUUGCACUUGGAAAAUCUUGAAAUAGCCAAAAAAGAUGUUUCACUAGAACACUUGCAAAACUGCACAGUUUAUCUCAAAGGUCACCCCAGCACCCUCCACUUAAACCACCUCAGCAAUUGUAAAAUAUUCUCAGGCCCCGUUUCAACUUCAAUUUUUGCUGAAAACUGCUUUGACACCACUCUAGUAAUCGCUUGUCAGCAACUACGAUUACACUCCUCGAAAAAUGUAGACAUUUACCUCCACGUCACUAGCCGGGCGAUCAUGGAAGAUUGUAACAGCAUCGAAAUAGCAACUUACAAUUGGACGUAUGAGGGAAUUGAGCAGGAUUUUGCUGAGGCGGGAUUGCAAAGAGAGGUGAACAAUUGGAGAUGUGUGGACGAUUUUAAUUGGUUGAAUGUGGAGAGGCAUUCGCCUAAUUGGAAGGAGAUGGAGGAGGAGAAAAGGGUUAAAGAAUGGACUUAGUAGUUGUAGGAUUUUGAUUUUUUUUUUGAAUAAAAAUUAGUUUUCAUUUUA